CUCCCGAUGCAGGGGAUACACGUUCUGGAUCUGUUCUGGUCCGGUCCGGUCCGGUUCGCUUCAAAGCCCAGAGGAGCUCCAAGAAUCAUACAAAGAUCGCGCAAUAAAAGCCGGUGAUAAAUGCGGUAGAAAGUCCACAACAAGUCAUAAAACCUGCUUCAUGAAGGAGAACUUGGAUGUUUAGGCCCAGUUCGUUUUCUCAGUGGAAACCUCCAUCUGCACUCCAUGUGUGUGAGCUGAUGUGAACUGAGCAGCAUGGAUCAGUGUGAGGACAGAGAGGACAGAGUCCCUCCCUCUAAAACCACUCUGUGUGGAGAACAUGAGGACCAGAGCAAAGUUCAGAGGAAACGAUCAGAACCAGAACCUGGACCUGAACCCAGCUGUGUGUCCUUAAAGAGCAACAGGUCAAAGGAUGAUGGUAUUAAUUUUAAAUCAGCUCAACGUUCAGCUGCAAACAGGAUCCAACAGACCCUCAAACCAGAACCAGAACCAGAACCCAGCUGUGUGUCCUUCAAGAGCGAUGAUUCAAAGAGUCUUGGUAUUGAUUUUAAAUCAGAUCAACCUCCAGCUGCAAAGAGAGUGGACCAGCAGAACUCAGAGGUUCCCAGUGGUCCAUCUGCCCAGCAGCAUCAAACACAGCUGGACUCCAUAUUUAUGCUGCUUGAGGACAACAUUGUUACUUUUGUGAAGAACGAGCUGAAGAAGAUCCAGAAGGUUCUGAGUCCAGAUUACCCAGAAUGCUUAGAGAGUCAGUGGGAGGAUGAGGAGGUGUUGGAAGGUCAGGAUGAGGAGCAGAGGAGGAGCAACAGAGAGGCUUUUGUGAAGAUCACACUGAACUUCCUGAAGAAGAUGAAGCAGGAGGAGCUGGCUGAACGUCUGCAGAGCAGACGUUUUUCCUCAGUUUGUCAACGUAAACUUAAAUCUGGUCUGAACAAGAGGUUCCAGUGUGUGUUUGAGGGGAUCGCUAAAGCAGGAAGUCCAACCCUUCUGAACCAGAUCUACACAGAGCUUUACAUCACAGAGGGAGGGACUGGAGAGGUCAAUGAUGAACAUGAGGUCAGACACAUUGAAACAGCAUCCAGGAAACCACACAGACCAGAAACAACCAUCAGACAAGAAGACAUCAUUAAAGUCCCACCUGGAAGAGAUCAACCAAUCAGAACAGUGAUGACAAAGGGAGUGGGUGGCAUUGGGAAAACAGUCUUAACCCAGAAGUUCACUCUGGACUGGGCUGAAGACAAAGCCCACCAGAACAUCCAGUUCAUAUUUCCAUUCACCUUCAGAGAGCUGAAUGUGCUGAAAGAGAAAAAGUUCAGCUUGGUGGACCUUGUUCAUCACUUCUUUACUGAAACCAAAGAAAUCUGCAGCUUUGAACACUUCCAGGUUCUGUUCAUCUUUGAUGGUCUGGAUGAGAGUCGACUUCCUCUGGAUUUCCACAACAAGGAGAUCCUGACUGACGUUACAGAGUCCACCUCAGUGGAUGUUCUGCUGACAAACCUCAUCAGGGGGAAACUGCUUCCCUCUGCUCUCCUCUGGAUAACCACACGACCUGCAGCAGCCAAUCAGAUCCCUCCUGAGUGUGUUGGCAUGGUGACAGAGGUCAGAGGGUUCACUGACCCACAGAAGGAGGAGUACUUCAGGAAGAGAUUCAGAGAUGAGGAGCAGGCCAGCAGGAUCAUCUCCCACAUGAAGACAUCAAGAAGCCUCCACAUCAUGUGCCACAUCCCAGUCUUCUGCUGGAUCACUGCUACGGUUCUGGAGGAUGUGUUGGAGUCCAGAGAGGGAGGAGAGCUGCCCAGCACCCUGACUGAGAUGUUCAUCCACUUCCUGGUGGUUCAGACCAAAGUGAAGAAGGUCAAGUAUGAUGGAGGAUCUGAGACAGAUCCACACUGGAGUCCAGAGAGCAGGAAGAUGAUUGAGUCUCUGGGAAAACUGGCUUUUGAUCAGCUGCAGAAAGGAAACCUGAUCUUCUAUGAAUCAGACCUGACAGAGUGUGGCAUCGAUAUCAGAGCAGCCUCAGUGUACUCAGGAGUGUUCACACAGAUCUUUAGAGAGGAGAGAGGGAUGUACCAGAACAAGGUGUUCUGCUUCGUCCAUCUGAGUGUUCAGGAGUUUCUGGCUGCUCUUCAUGUCCAUCUGACCUUCAUGAAUGAUGGAGUUAAUCUGAUGGUAGAAAAAAAGAACAUUUCUGCUUUGUCUAAAUUAUCUAAGAAACCAAAUCUAAAAAUUCUCCAUCAGAGAGCUGUGAACAAGGCCUUACAGAGUCCAAAUGGACACAUGGACUUGUUCCUCCGCUUCCUCCUGGGUCUUUCAGUGGAGACCAAUCAGACUCUCCUACAAGGUUUGCUGACAAAGACAGGAAGUAGCUCACAGACCAAUGAGGGAACAGUUCAGUACAUCAAGAAGAAGUUCAAACAGAAUCUGUCUGCAGAGAAAAGCAUCAACCUGUUCCACUGUCUGAAUGAACUGAAUGAUCGUUCUCUGGUCCAGGAGAUCCAACAGUCUCUGAGUUCAGGAAGUCUCUCCACAGAUAAACUGUCUCCUGCUCAGUGGUCAGCUCUGGUCUUCAUCUUACUGUCAUCAGGAGAAGAUCUGGAUGUGUUUGACCUGGAGAAAUACUCUGCUUCAGAGGAGGCUCUUCUCAGGCUGCUGCCAGUGGUCAAAGCUUCAAACAAAGUUCUAUUGAAGAACUGUAACCUCUCAGAGAGAAGCUGUGAAGUUCUGGCCUCAGUUCUCAGCUCCCAAUCCUCUAAUCUGAGAGAGAUGGACCUGAGUAACAACAAGCUGCAGGAUUCUGGAGUGGAGAUGCUAUCUUCUGGACUGAAGAGUCCAAACUGCAAACUGGAAACUCUCAGAUUGAAGAACUGUAACCUCUCAAAGAGAAGCUGUGAAGUUCUGGCCUCAGUUCUCAGCUCCCAGUCCUCUAAUCUGAGAGAGAUGGACCUGAGUAACAACAAGCUGCAGGAUUCUGGAGUGGAGCUGCUGUCUUCUGGACUGAAGAGUCCAAACUGUAAACUGGAAACUCUCAGAUUGAAGAACUGUAAUCUCUCAGAGAGAAGCUAUGAAGUUCUGGCCUCAGUUCUCAGCUCCCAGUCCUCUAAUCUGAGAGAGAUGGACCUGAGUAACAACAAGCUGCAGGAUUCUGGAGUGGAGCUGCUGUCUUCUGGACUGAAGAGUCCAAACUGUAAACUGGAAACUCUCAGACUUAGAUCCUGUAACCUCUCAGGGAGAACUUGUGAAGUUCUGUCAUCAGUUCUUAGCUCCCAGUCCUGCUGUCUGAGAGAAGUUGACCUGCAGAACAACAACCUACAAGAUUCAGAGGAGAAGUUGCCAUCUGGUUCAGACUGUACACUGGAAAUAAUUAGGGAGCCUGCUGGAGUCCGAUGGUUGAAACCAGGUCUGAGGAAGUAUUCCUGUCAGCUCACAAUCGACACAAACACAGUGAACAGAAACCUCCAACUGUCUGAAGACAACAGGAAGGUGACACAUGUGGAGGAGCUUCAGUCAUAUCCUGAUCAUCCAGACAGAUUUGAUUACUGGCCUCAGCUGCUGUGUAGGGAUGGUCUGACUGGUCGCUGUUACUGGGAGGUUGAGUGGAGAGGAGAUGUUUUUAUAUCAGUGAGUUACAGAAGAAUCAGGAGGAAAGGAGACAGAAAUUACUCUUGGUUUGGAUGGAAUAAUCAGUCCUGGAGUCAGAGCUGCUCUGAUGAUGGUUACACUGUCUGGCACAAUAACAGAGAAACAUUUAUCCCCUCCUCCUCCUCCUCCUCCUCCAUCUCUAACAGAGUAGCAGUGUAUGUGGACUGUCCUGCUGGCAUUCUGUCCUUCUACAGAGUCUCCUCUGACUCAGUGAUCCACCUCCACACCAUCAACACCACAUUCACUGAACCUCUUUAUCCUGGAUUCUGGAUCGGUCCUGGUUCCUCAGUGUUUCUGUGUUGAGUCUAAAGAGUCUCUUCCUGUCAGAGAAACACGUGUUUCUUGUUUGUGUCACUAAUGUAGUUUUUCUUCAUCUGAUCUGAACAGUUUUGUACUUUAGUCCCAGAUAAACAGGCUGCCUCCUCAGGAUCUGUGGGUUGUGAAGCUCAGGGUUUCUGGAACUGAUUUGUGAUGAAAAAUGAUGACGUGAGUGGAGCUGCUGUUUUAACUGCCCAGGUGGUUGUUCAGUUCCUCACUGUUAGUAUCUGCUAUGUUUUAAUGAGCCAGAUCAGUUCACAAUAUGACUUCUGAUGAGACUGUUCCUAAAAGAAGAAUCAUUCCAGACUAUCUGUGGCUGAACUGCAGAUGAUGGAAAUGUAAAUAUUGGAGAAUAAAACAGUAUUUGCUACCAA